GAAAGUUUUAGUCCAACAGUGAAUUUCGCGUUUGUUUACAUCGGCUCAAAACGCUGAGUUUGCCGUGUAGACAGCGACUCACAUUUUAUUCGUAUAAGGCCGGUGAACGACAAACACAAGCAUGGAUCACAUGCUGCCUUCCCCGGGGUUCAGCAUCCCCAGCAUCGGUACGCCGUUGCAACACUCACAGGAAGAGGAGAUGAUCCUCCCUGCUGCCCAGCAGCAACAACAGCAACAGUCUGCACAACAACACAGCCAACAGCAGCAGCAACAGCAGCAGGGUCAGCAGAUGGGACAACAGCCACAGACCUUUGGCAGUGGGUUCACGCCACACACCUUAAUGCAACCACAGACACCGAGCAUGAUGUCUCCAGCUGUGGGCGGAGGUUCCCAGGUUGGGGCUGGAAUGUUCGGUUCAGCCACAGGACCUUCCACCCCCAUAGGAGGGCCCAUGACCCCCAUGACCCCACACUCAGCUGAUCCUGGAAUUGUUCCACAGUUACAGAACAUUGUGUCAACAGUGAACCUUAGCUGCAAGUUAGAGCUGAAGAAAAUUGCACUCCAUGCUCGUAAUGCAGAAUAUAAUCCCAAACGAUUUGCUGCAGUCAUCAUGCGUAUUCGAGAACCACGGACAACAGCCCUCAUCUUCUCCUCAGGCAAAAUGGUAUGCACAGGAGCCAAGAGUGAGCAGGACUCCAGACUUGCGGCAAGAAAGUAUGCGAGAAUAGUACAAAAGCUUGGGUUCCCGGCCAAAUUCAUGGACUUCAAGAUCCAGAAUAUGGUGGGAAGCUGUGACGUUAAGUUCCCUAUCCGAUUGGAGGGUCUUGUUCUCACACACAGUCAGUUCAGCAGCUAUGAGCCAGAGCUGUUCCCAGGUUUGAUCUACCGAAUGGUCAAGCCUCGCAUUGUACUCCUCAUCUUCGUCUCAGGAAAAGUUGUGCUCACAGGUAAGUUAUUUAUGGAACAGCACAAGGUGUAUGUUCAUUUUCCUCUCAUUGUCUUUGUAACAAAUUCCAGAGGUCCCCAUGCCGUCUCACGGUGGUACACCGCGUUGGCACAUGUCCUGCCAACUGUACCCAAUGUCCGGGAAGGGACUUUGUUUACAAAAGGCAUCAAGCGAGACUCCAAGACACUGGAUAAACGUCCAGGUUUUCGCUUUCCUAGAGCAAUGACUGGCAGUAUCAAGGACUUGAGACACGCAGCUUGGUCCUUCUCAUAG